AUGGACCCUUUUCAGCGAACGGCUGAUGUCACGCGCUACUCCUUUCGAGUCGUGCCAAUGACACACCGCAACUCCACGGCCGGGGCCAAACCGUCUGGGUCUGCCUGCUCCAUCCCUGGUGGGAGCCCGUCUUCCCCCUCUGCCAGAGGAGGAGCUCCGGCCUUUGGCAACCUCGCCUCAGGGCUCCCUCAAUGCGAAACAACGGCGUGGAGACAGCCAAGCUUUCGGGAACCGCUUGAAAGUGAGGAAACGACACGAAAUGUAGACAAGUGGCGUCAGUUCGGGCUACAGAUGGGGACAGCGGUUGCGUCGCAGGCGUUACCUCCGUUAGAGCAGCAGCAGGGGCAGCGCCUGCAGCCACAGACCAUCGUCUGCCACCGCCCCGAGCAAGACACGUCCACCAAUUCCUCUCUCCUAUACCGUCAAAACACGCGCUUCCACAGCGCUGAGGCCCAAAACGAGGUCCAACUGCGACGUCAGUGCCGCCUGAACAGAGCUGCGGCGCUAGCUCUUCCACCACAUGACGAGCAAAGCAGCGCACAUGCCUCUCCGUGGCCUCUUCCUGAGGCUAGCUCCAGAGUCCGUGCCGUGGUGAAAUCUGCUCUCGACAAUGACGACGUAGUUGUGCUGAGCGACGAUGGCGAACAUCACACGGAUGGUGAGAAUACGGUGUGCCAGCGGCAAACUGUGAAGCCCCCGCCACGCAGCGUGUCGCGCACUGAUAUCCGUAGUCCGGCACCGGCCACGCUGUCCCAGCAUGCCCCUGACACAAGCGACGGUGCCUGUGCCGACGUCACGCGUCAACUGCAGGCGGAGCUGGCUAAGCUAUCCGAGAAGGUGCAGCACAGCAGCGAAGCGCAAAGGUGUGGACCCCCGAAGCGCAACGGCGGCGGCGAACCAUCCCUCUGGGCAGCGAAGCACUGGGGCGGCAAAAAACGGAGGAGAGAAACGAAGACGACGCACCACAAUGACGGCGACGAGGAGGCGGAAGCACGCGAAGGCAGUGAACGGGACGAGACCAGCGCCGCCAUGCAAGGGCGGAGUACGUCCAGCACUGAUGCUCGAAGGAAGCUAACUGCACGGAGGCGCGAUUGUGCCAGCACCGAUACCGCGGCGGACGUAUCCACCGAGAAAAGAAAGCGCAAAACAAGAGGGCACGGUGGCGACGACGCAAUCUUCCACGGUGUCUCUAACCAAACUCUGCAGACAAUGCUGACUCCUCGCACUCUCUUUUCCUUGGCUUCUUCCGAAGCUGGCGGGAGUGCAAUGUCGAAUCUGCAGAGUGAACCGGCCGCGGUCGCCACAAUCUCCGUCCCUUACGUCUAUCUGCAGGACUCAGCCGAGGGGCUGUUCAGCGACGUGCGCCGUGCCCUUAAUGACCCGGAUCGUAUCCAAGCACCACCCCUGUUUGUUGGCGUGUUAGCUCUCAGUGGCAAUAGAAACGCAACCACCACCCUCGCAAGUGUGGAGUGUCGCACGAACUUUACCUACUACGGCAGCGGCGCCAAGACUGCGAAGCACCGCGUCUCGUGCUGCUUCUCCUCCCCCGACCCUGUGCGCAGCCACCAGCACGUGGAGCUUGUUCUGAUACGGUGGAAAGAUGACAUGUACGGGCUGCCGGCACAGACCGUUGGCUUGACGUUUCUGUGCCGUAUCCUCACGGAGCUACCCGGAGUGGAACUCAUUACCUUCAACGCGCAGGUGCUCCUGGUGGCACUACUCGCUUACUGCAAGGGCACACUGUGGUCGUACUGUGUCAGUGAUGUGCGCGUGAUGGCGUGGAUGGCUCAGCUGCACAUGGCAAGUACUCUGCCGAAGCCUCCUUCCCCCGCGUACGCCUUAGCGGGGGAAGGCUCUGCCACCACCGUGACCGGGGCAAGUGACACGGACAGCAGCGUUCUCUACGACUACGGGCAGCUGCUCUUGCACGUUUGCGGUGGGAAGCUACCGCCAAACGUGCAGCUGGAGAAGACAAGCCCUGUAGAGCGCCUCUCGCCCGCAAGGGGCAGCUUUGCAGAAAGCACUGGAACUGCCGUUGCAACAACACCUGCGCCACCUCUGACGCCCGCACAGCGCCAGCUAGCCCAUCAGGUGUACUACUUGGCAACCGUGUACCGCAGUCUCUACGGGCUGCUGGGCAGCAAAGGGCUCCUGCAAGCAUUCCUAAGGCAGGAAAAGCGGAUUGCGCCUCUGCUGGCGCUUCUCAAGUACAAUGGCAUGCCCGUGGAUCUGCAUGAAGUUCGUCGCUACCAAAUGAGCUGCGAGACGGAGAUGGCGCGGCAACGCGGCCUUGCCCACAAGCUUGUCCCGGAGCUCGGCGAGGAGUUCAACAUACAGAGUCAUGAUCAGUGCCGCAAGGCACUUUAUGAGGUGCUUCAGCUGGGUAAGUACUUGGUGCAAUCUGAAAGUGCCGAAGCGGUUGGUACCACUGGUCUCAUAAUCACGAAAGGGGGACGACUGUCGACGGCGGAGGACACACUGCGUGCCCUCGCGCGGCAUCACGAGUUUCCUGCGUGUCUGUUGCGCUAUCGCAAGGUGUCAAAGCUGAUGCAGACAUAUAUCGAAGGGAUGAUGAGCUACGCCGUGGUGCGCUCCAGGUCGAAGACAAGCCCACCUCUUUCUCGCGACGGCGUUGGCACUGAGACAGAAACUAGUGGCGCCAGGGAAGGGCAGCAGCAGCUGUACGACGAUGAUGAGCGCGCCGUCGCCGAGCGGCCGUCGUUGCUGAGAGAAGGUGUAGAUGUGAACGACGACAGUCCAUUUGUGGAUCGCCGGCUUCAUGCGGGCAACAACAGACACAGCCCUAGCGGCGCCGAGCCACGGCCAGCACGAAAUCAGCGGAACGGCGAGGAGGAGGCGUAUACGAUGCAGGCAGACGAGGUCAUCCUUCCUGCGACUGGUUACGCCACACUGCACCCAAACUUUCUUCAGGAGGGUACGGACACUGGACGACUAUCCUGCGUUGAGCCGAAUCUUCAGAAUCUUCCACGUAAUGGCAUCACCUCCACCGAGGAGGAGGGCGAGGAAGACCUUUUGGGGUUUCGGCGCUGCUUUGUCGCAGCUGCCGGGUGCGUGCUCUUGUCCAUAGACUACCAACAGAUCGAACUACGCGUAUUAGCGCACUUGUGUGGCGACCCCGCAUUGGUCAAGGCCCUGACAAGCUCGGCGGACAUUCACCAGACGAUUGCCGAGGUGGUCUUCAAGAAGAAGCCCGUCAGCACUGAGGAGCGCAGUCUGGCCAAGCGUGUCGUCUUUGGCGUGCUCUACGGUGCUGGCCCAAAGACACUCGCGACGCACAUGGGCGUUACGGUUGAUCGGGCGCUGCACAUCACUUCGUUGCUGACAAAUGCGUUUCCCGGCAUCAACACCUAUCACCGCCGCGUCAUCGCGGAAACCCGCGCCAAUGGGUUUGUGCGCACUCUCAGUGGUCGCCUGCGGUACCUGCCGGACAUCUGCAGCACGGUGCUCUCGCGACGGUCGUACGCGGAGCGGCAGGCCUUCAAUAGCGUAGUGCAGGGCAGCGCCGCGGACGUGAUGAAGAUGGCGAUGCUCGCCGUUUCGAAGGAGGUGCUGCAGCGCUAUGAUCGCUCCGACGUGUCCCUUCUUUCUCAGAUCCAUGACGAGAUGGUCUUCAUGGUGCGCAAGGAGCACCUGCGGACGGUGGUGCCGCUGCUCUCCUCAGCAAUGUCGCACGCCAUGCAGUUGCUCGUGCCGCUGAGUGUAACAGUCAAGUUUGGCACGUCGCUGGGUGACUUGCAGGAGUGGUCCGUGGAGCACGACCUAGGCGUGGGGUAG